GCGGCCAGUGUACGUUCGUCUUGAACGCGGAACGCUUCGCGCACUCUUAUUCGUAGCUUUCCCUGCCGAGUGAUUCGAUUCCCUCUUAUCGGGCGAUACCGUGUGCACGAUGUCGGCACGACGUGCGUGACGAGGGAGGGAAGCGAGGCAGAAGAUCGCGUCGCGAUUACUAUGCAAGCCGUCGAAGCGAAAGUUUGCGCAGAUCGAUCGAACGCUUCGGCUUUUCCUUCCGCUCUUCGAUGCCGGCGAUAACUUUUAUCCUUUUUCCUUUCCCUUGACAUCGCUCGGUUAAAUUACACGCUAACGUGCCCCCGAUCGUCCCGAUCUUGUGCCGUUUUUAACCGCAUUUAGCGCGCGUUUCUGCGAAUAUAUUGGACACAAAUUCGCUCCAACGAACGAUUCGUCGGGCAACCGACAAUAUGUUGGUUGUAUGAGCGUUCGAUCUAUAAUGCAAUUCUGUAACAGUAUGCAGUCCUUGAGCGAACUAUUCUCUGUCUAAAAAUUUGGUAUAGAUCGGAUAGUUUCCGUCAUUUUCGUCAUCGAAAAUAGUCUGAUGCAGUUGUGUAUCUUUUGAAAUAUAUAAGGAAUCCUGAAUCCUUAUCAUUAGCGGAGAUUUUCGGCGAGAUAUCGGUAUUAUCGUAAUACCACCGUAUGCGAAAUAUCACGUUAUUCUUUUCAUCUCGACGUGAUUUUUCUCGAUAAAAUGGGUGAACGCGGUAUUCCAGAGAACUGUGAGCGGUAAAAUGUAGAUCGACGCAUUUUUCUUUACGUUCCCCGGACAUUAUUCAGCAGGCAUCGCAUCUCGUGACUGCUCUUCUCUCCUGAUGAACAACUCCUUAUCAUAUAUAUACAGAGAGAGAAAGAAAGAGGACCCGUGAUCGUGCGCGUGUGACAAAUCGAGGAUCGAACGCGUCGUGGCGUGAAACGUUUCGGGAUGAACUAGCGCGCAAUGGACAUCCUCGUGUUCAUUUCGUAAUUGGUGUCGGGGAGAUACAAGAUAGGAGAAUAGAGAGGGACAUCAGGAGAAUCGACGACGGGGCGGCCGUCGAGAUCGAGAGGGACGAGAGCAAAAUGAGGGCCCCGUUGCUCCUCUUAGGCGGCAUUGUUGUACUGUCGCUCGCGGUGGCGAGGGCUCUCUCGUGUGUGUGCUCGCCGCUGGAGUGCGACGUUCUCACCGACGAGGACUGUCCCGGAGGCCUCACCUGGGACCCCUGCAGGUGUUGCAAAGUAUGUGCGCGUGUGGAAGGCGAGCCUUGCGGCGGCCUCUUCGGUUUUUCGGGAACCUGCGCCGUCGGUCUGCAAUGCGUAAUCAUGAAUCUGCUAACUCGCACCCGAGAAAUGGACGAGGGCGUUUGCACAAAAAUCCCUGGCAGAUGGAGAAGGCAUUGUCCGCACGGGCCGAUGAUGUCGGGUGCUGGCUGCAACCUGGUUGGCGAGGGAAUCGCGGCCGAGAACGGAAACGUGGCGGCCGCCGGCAAAUGCGUUUGCGGUCCGUCGGUACCCUGGUGCCCGGGUGAGCCGCGGCCCUACAUGUACAUGACGCGGCACGAGUGCCGGCUCAAUUUGGAGGCGAAAAUUGCUUACGAUGACCUCUAUAAUUCUGGCGACAUGCCGAGCAGCACCGCUAUCGAGGGCACGUCGUUUGGCGAGUCGGCGACGCGGGGCGAUCGUGAACAGGUGGGCGAAAGAAAAGAAUCGAGACGGAACGGCGGCGACUGGAAGGACGACGAGAGGUCCACAAGGAGCACGCGGAUCGCCAGCUGGACAGGAGCCGAGCACAGUGUCGACGACUGCCCGCAGGAUAGCAUGCCGAACGAGAAUGGCGGCGGUUGCAAAUGUGCGGAUUGUCCACCCCACAAGUGUCGACCGGGUCAGCAGGCGGUGCUGGUAAGGGGGUCAUUUUCCGGGACCCCCGGUAACUGCUGUCCGCGCUACAACUGCGUUCCCUCAGAUCACCAUCACCGGACCGAGUCGUUCUGUCCCGAGGACAGCGUCCUGACGGACGAUGGCAUCUGCAAAUGCGUCCCGACGUGUCCGCCGCCCAAGUGCCGAUCUGGUCAACGGCCGGUCGAGGUCCGGGCGGCCAAGCCGGAGACACCCGGUAGCUGUUGCCCCCUUCACGACUGCAGACCCUCAGAUCCGAUCUCCUGGGCAAAGGUUGAAGAGAAACCGCAAAACUGCAUUCACGAGGGUGUCUCGAGGAAACUCGGUGAGGAAUGGAAACAGAACGACUGUAUCACUUGCAUCUGCAACGAGGACGGAAUCGCGUCCUGCCAAACGACCAUGUGCAAGUCCUGCGAGAACGCGAUACCACCUGAUCCGGGCGAAUGCUGCCCUCACUGCCCACAGCUGACGAAUAGCACCUUCGAUCACCGUCCUGACGAGUCCUGCAAGAUGUCCCUGGACAAUUGCAAGAUGAAAUGCUACCACGGCUUCCGAACGGAUAAGAAUAACUGCCCGAUCUGCGAGUGCGCCGAUGACUUGGAGGUCGACCUCGCGCCGGAUGUGCUACCGGAAGAUUACAAAGUUUGCCCGGAACUGCCGCACUGCGGGCUCAACUGCGACCUCGUCAAGGACGAGGACGGUUGCCCGGUGUGCGCCUGUCAGACGCCGAAUGUCACCGCCCUGGACACCACGGACGACAAAAGAAUCUGCCCCGAGGUCAAGUGCGACCUUCACUGCGAACUCGUCAUGGACGAGAACGACUGCACCUUCUGCGAGUGCAAGCCGCCCACUGCCGGCUGUCCGCCGCUCGUCGGAUGCAGGAAGAGGUGCAAUUUCGGUUAUAAGACGAACAAGCGCGGCUGUCCCAUAUGCCGCUGUCGAGCUUCGUGCAUGGACCAUUUGAACGAGACGCAUCCGGAGGGAUCGACUUGGCAUCCAAACAGCUGCACCACAUGCACUUGCGAGUCCGGUGGGCGACUUAAUUGUAAAGAAACCAUCUGUUCGGUGGCCUGCAGUAAUCCGCUGCCACCGAAACUGGGCACUUGUUGCCCCAUAUGCCCAAUUACAACGAUCAAGGAGAACGAUAUGAUUAAUCAGAUCACCAGCCGGGGCUGGGGCACAGUGCCGAUUACGUUAAUCGUCGUACUCGCGCUACUGUGUCUGCUACUGAUAAUCCAUAUCGUGCGCAGCCGAUUUCGCGGCCGUCUGUCACCUUCGGAAGCGUCGUAUGCAUCGUAUCCACCGCAAUAUUACAAGUGUGUGCCCGUGUACGAUACCCCCGUACAUCGGAACGAGAAGAUCGUACCCCUGUAAAAGACUGUUAGUGUGAUCCCCAAAGAGAGCGCGCGUUUGUCGACGAGCAAUGUGCAAAAGCAACUUUUCAGUUUGCCAAGACUGUUUUACAUACGAUCGUCAAUGAGAUUUCGCGAAACUUACAAGACGAUCAUGAUUACAUUGAUUACGUAACGUCAAUCGUUAACUCUUAAAUAAAUCUUUUAUUUAAGAGUGUAAAUUCAGAUUGAUUAUUUAUGGACAGAAAAAUCUGGCAAAAUAUUUCGUAUCGUAUAAAAAAUUAUAGAAAUUUUUCAAAAAUUAUUUAAAGUUUAUUAAGAAUCAGAAUUAUAUUAAAUCUUUCUUAUUCUUAUUCUUAUGAAUGAAAAAGAUUCCUUUAAGAGUUAAUAGCAGCGGAUGAUCUGCAACUCAUCGAUAAUCUUACAAGGAAAAUUCAUUGCCAGACAUACGCACAUGAAACUGCUAACAUCUCGCUAAUUCGACGUCGAAGCGAAUAUCGACACGAGCGGAGAAGGUUGUGGAAUGUUGCGCACGAUACUGUGUAAGAAUGUCUCUCUUUGGGUGCGGCUGAAAAUACUUGGAGUAGAUUCAGUAUUAUUUGUAAGCGGCAGUGAGUGUUAUAAACUUUGGAAGGGAGAAUGAGAAAAAGAGAAGCAAGAGAGAACCAAUUCGCACCAACCUCGUACUAUGUUUGCCGAAUCUUCUUGAAUCCCUUAACUUAAUAUGACACAUUGCGUAACUUGUAAAUUAUAACAUAAUUAAAAGCGUAGUGUAAUUACGAUUAAUUAAGAUAUAAAAUAUAAGAAUAAAUGUAUUAAUGUUAACCCAUCGUAGGACUCUAACUUAAAUGAAAAAUCAUAAAAGAGACAGGUCUACACCAUAGUAUUAGUUUCCUUGAUCUCUGGACCAUCAUUAUUAUCUCGUAUUAUAUUAGUGAAUGUUUGUACGAAGUAAAAAGUAUUCAUUUUUUGCAUGGAUAUUCUCAAGUUCGGAGCGAUUUGAAGUGAUUAUUGAAUAUAUCUUAUCAAGUGAAAAGAUAUUUUUUCUAUUAGUUUUUUUUAUUCUUAUCUAUUAUUAAAAAUUCUCGUUCGACGCUAUUUCAUUUUUCAUAUGUUUCUCCAAAAUUGUAUAUUUUUGUCUUUUUAGCUACUAAUUCGCAAUUUAUCUAAAGUUUAUUUAAAUCGCCUUGCCGCGGUGAGAACAAGUUUAUAGACUUAAUCGUAGAUUAGCUGUUAACAACUGUGUUAUUAGACUGUUCCUAUAUUAUACGUUUUUAUUUUAUUAAUAUAAAUUCUCGUUCUUACUCGUCGCGAGUACAACGUGUAAUAUUUAUAUUUGACGAGAAUUCCUGAUUCAGUUGUCAUAGAGAUGAAGCAAUCGCACCCGCGACCGUACCACGCGAAGGGAGAAGGAAGGGACAUGUACAUAUACCAUAAAAGUCUAGAUUAAGGUGAAAUUGAAAUGACACGAGACCCCUCGGUUUCUUCGAAACUCUGUCGCAGUACGAUCAACCGAUUUUAAGAUUUACAUUCGGCGCGAUGCAAGCGACAAAUAUCCCAGUGCGCGGAUCGCGGAUAACGUUACAUAAUACAUAAAUAUAUGAUUACGUUCAGUAAAUUCUCGGUUGCUUGUACAUACACGCCUGGACAUUCAUUCUCCGGCAGCUUGCGAAUUCUCGGGUGGUAAACCCGAAUUAUAUUUUCGGAUGCUAACUAACGGCACGCUUAAAUAGACGCAUCUCUCCUGUUCGCACAUAUUUCACGCUGCGGUGGAGCGUGCGACAACAAUGAUCGAUGAUAAGAUAAUGUAGCGCUUGAUAGAAACGCUUGUGAAUGCGUAUAAACAGAGAUAAAGAAAAGAAGGACGGAAAUAAGGAAACAAAUUCGAGAGAUAAAAACGAAUAGAAAAUAUAAGAGCUAAAAUGAGAAUGACAUAAAUGUGAUUAAAACUCGAGAAUUAUAUCAAAGGAGAGAAGUUACUUCGAACUCGAACGACGUCUUUUUGCACAGCCGAACAAUUGAUUCCUCGCCACCGCUAAUGAACCAUACAUAUCCAUGUGCUUACACAAACGCACGUAGCUUACCCUCUUCUUCCUCUCCCUAAUUAAAACACAUACAUAUAUUUUUUCAAUGUGACUUGUCCUAUAUAUUGUAUCUUGUAUGUAUAACCGUAUAGCCUAUAUAUUAGAUUUAUUUAUACAUACACGUGUAAUCGUGUAAAACACGUGCGCGCAUACCAUACGUUUAUUGUCUAUAAACUGCAGGCUGUAUUUCGCACGUGUGUAUGUACUUGAGAGACAAUAUGUACGUAGUAUAUCUAUGAGACAGACCCGGAUAGCGUAUAUCUGUAAGAAUUAUUUCUUUCAUUGUUAUCGUACGCAGGAUGUUAACAAUAAUAAUAACGUCGACAGUAACAAUAACAAUUAAUGAUAACAAUAGUAGUAAUAAUUUAGCACACACGCAGUCAGUUCUUGGCGAUGAUCCCAAGCGGACAAUGCAUACAAUAAAAUUUGUGAUAAACGGGAAUUGGACAUUCGUCUGUGCUUUGCAAAGAAGAAAAAAAAGAAAAAGAUUCGUAAUCUUCUCGAAAAAUUUUAUAACGUAUACGCGCCCACAGAAUAUGUGAUCUAGUAUUGCGACGCCGGUCCAACGUUAUUCGAAUUUAUCCCUGACUUCCAGUUUCGACCCUCCGGGGAGGUAAAUGACGCCAUUUAAUCAAUCGUGCCGGGAAGGAGCGGAUUAAACGUGGCUUGCUUUUUUGUCGAGCACGUGGGACAAAAAGACGAGGCAAAUCGCGGUCGUUUGCGGCGAAAAAUUAUGAGGAACAUAAAUGUCACGUUUGACGUCGAUCGAUUCCAUAAUAAAAUCUGCCAGUUAAACGAAUUGAAAUUUCAAAUUAUUUAUAUCAUUGUUAUUCGUAUCAUUAAAAAACAAAGGUAAAAUGUCCUUCAUAAAAAUUGAAAUACGUCAUAUUUAUAUAGAAAAUUUUUAUCUUAAGACAUCACACGAAUGUACGAUGGGGAACAUAUUUUAUAUCCCGUGCUAGAUAUCCAAUUGUUCGCAUAAAAGAUAACGAAGCCUAAUGCAUAGGGUGUCCUGAACAAGAUAUACAGAAUAAUUAUUAAAAAAUGCAGAUGAUUUUACUUAUUUUGACAGAGGAAAUACAAUUUGUUCUUAAGUCAAAAAUUAAUUUUAUUUUUACAAAAAUUUAAACCGACUUUUUUAAUCCUUGAAUUUUUUGGUAUUGAAUAUUUCAAAUACGCGAUACGAUCAGAUCUUGAGAAUAUUUAUUAUUACAAAAUGUAUCGAUACUUCGGAGAUUUGAUUUUUUCAAUUAAGGAAAAUGAUAAAAAAAAACUAAAGUUAUUCGCGUAUGUUUCUUCGUGACUACAUCCUCCAGGAGGACAUCAGGAUCAUUAUCGCUACGACGUAAAGAAUAGAUGAAAUGACUAACAGUUUUUUUUAAUCGAACGUUAUGACCGGUUUUUGAAUGCAGUGACGAACAAAUCGAGUAGUUGUACUUGUGCACUCUUUGUACAAAUACCCCGUAACGUGAUCAUAUCAAUGUAACUUAGAUUUACUUAUAACAUAUACGUACAUUAUACAGCUAUACAUACUGGACGCGCAAUGUUAAGAAACAGCUCUUGUAUGUUAAAUAAACCGAGAUUAAAUAAAAUUGUUGAUUAUGUGA